AUGCUGUUGGUCACUGACAGUAUCAAAGCUCUCUGCUCUGUAUCUGAAUGUGUUCAGCAUCAGUAUCACUUUAUAAAUGAGAAGAAGAACUGGACUGAAGCUCAGAAAUACUGCAGAGAGAAAUACACAGAUCUGGCCACCACUGAUGACAUGAACGACAUGAAGGAGCUGAACAAGAGUGUGACUGAUAGAAGUCUUCAGUAUGUCUGGAUUGGGCUGCAGAAGACGGGUCGUGAAGAAUGGCAUUGGUCUUCAGGUGAACCUGUGCUCUAUCUGAACUGGGCUCCUGGACAACUAGAAGAUAAAGGAGAAGAGUGUGCAAACACAGGACUCGUCCUUGUCAAUCAGAUGAUGAAUUGGAGAGACGCUCAGAGUUACUGCAGACAGAAUCACAUUGAUCUGGUCAGUGUGAAAAACCAGAAUGAGAAUCAACAGGUUCAGAAGAUCAUCAGUGAUAAUAACUCAUCUGGAUUAUGGAUCUGGAUCGGUCUGUUCAGAGACUCAUGGCAGUGGCCAGAUCAGAGUGACUCCUCAUUCAGAUACUGGAAAACUGGUCAACCUGAUAAUCAUGGAGGUCGUGAAGGCUGUACAGUGGUUGAAAUGAAUGCUCAGGGCCAAUGGCAUGAUGUCCCUUGCACCAACAAGUAUACUUUUGUGUGUCAUGAAGAUAAGCUGAUUCUGAUCAAGGAGAAUCUGACGUGGUCUGAAGCUCUGAGAUACUGCAGACAGAAUCAUGUGGAUCUGCUCUCGGUUCAUUCAGAAGAGAUUCAGCGUUGUGUGAUGAACGUGGUUAAACGAGCGUCUACUGCGGCGGUGUGGAUGGGUUUACACAACUACUGCGUCAUGAACAUGUGGCUCUGGCUGAGUGGAGAGGUCGUGUGCUAUCAGAACUGGGCUCCAGGGAACGGAACGACACCCGAAAACUGCAAACUAGAGAACAGAAAAGGAGCAGUUCAGUCUGGAGGAGAUCAGCGCUGGAUCAGCCUUCCUGAAUCUCACAAACUCAACUUCAUCUGCAGCAGAAAUUAAGAGCUAAUGUGUUUACUUUAACAGUUUUCAUAGGCCACUUCAUUAUCUUUCUGAUUUACUUUUAUGUUUUUUAUUUUUA